AUGUUCUCGGGCUUCAAAUCCUCAGAAGCGAAAUAUACGUCUCUUGACGGCAGCAACUCCAAUUUACAUUAUCCCAACCAGCACGUGUACCGCUAUGUCACAAAUACCCUACACUUCUGGCGCGAAGCGGUAAUAGUAUUCCUGUCCAUUGUAUGCACCAUCCUCGCAUUGGAACAGACCUACUACCGGCCGGACCAACCUGAAGCUCGGGCCAAAGUCCCAGAAUACCAACUCACAUCCUCUGACACUCGUUGGAGAGAAUUCCAAUGGUACAGCAACAUUUACAGCUCCUCGGACCCUAACGAUGAUCAAGCCGUGAAUGAAGCGUGGGACCGUAUCAUUCCAGCCCAUGGCUUCGUGACCGUUGACCACGAGUGGGCUGCCGCGCACCAUCUUCCGGACACCAUGAGCUUACCGUCCGAUAAUUCCAAGGGAGUGUAUAUUAUUGACGCGUGCGUUAACCCCCACCUCAUUCGGUAA